CGUUUUCCUUGAUUACCAAUAAUAAUAAUACAAAUGUUAAUCUUCUAAGUUUUAAUCAUAUUUUUGGAGCAAAUUAACAUUGACCGAUCCAUGGAGGAGGUGAAGAAGGACGUAUACUCGGUGUGGGCAUUACCGGAUGAGGAAUCGGAGCCGCGGUUCAGAAAGCUAAUGGAAGCUCUGAGAUCUGAAUUCACUGGCCCAAGAUUCGAUCCUCACGUCACCGUCGUCGGAGCCACUAAUCUGACGGAAGACGAAGCCAAGAAGAUGUUCAAAUCAGCUUGCGACGGUUUUAAGUCUUACAGAGCCACCGUCGAUCGCGUCUCCACCGGCACUUUCUUCUUUCAAUGCGUUUUCUUGCUUCUCCAAUCCACCCCAGAGGUAAUGAAAGCUGGUGAACACUGUAAGAACCAUUUCAAUUGUUCAACUACCACACCUUACAUGCCGCAUUUGAGCCUGCUUUACGCUGAGUUAACAGAGGAAGAGAAGAAGAAAGCGCAGGAGAAAGCUUACACGCUCGAUAGCAGCCUCGAUGGCCUGAGUUUCCGGUUAAACCGACUCGCUCUAUGCAAAACCGAUACCGAAGACAAGACUCUAGAGUCGUGGGAGACGGUGGCUGUAUGCAAUCUCAAUCCUUAAGAGAGACAACAAGUUUGGUUCUGAAUCUGUAACAAAAGAUCAUAAUGAACUUGCUUUUGAAUAAUGUAUCGUUUUCCCUAAGAUUGAAUAAUAAUGUACAAUACAACUUCGGCUCAUAUUUGUUUUCGGUUUGGUCUAAAUAUAUGUUUGCGGUUGCCUCUGGUUUUGUGAUAA